AUGUCCAGAGAACGGAGGUCAAUUAGCCUCGAAGCUCCAGAGAGAAAGGGAACGGAGGACCCAGGUGCUCAUGAGCUCGCAUCCUCCGAUUCCGACGAGCACUUCUCCGACGCUCAAUCCUCUCCUGGAAAUAGUCCAGGGUCUGCCUCUCCAGUACCACGAACGCGAGUCGAGAAAGUCGAUGAUGAGCCAUCUUACGGUGAAGUCCCGGGUACAGAAGCUUAUAAGAAGCGAACGGAAGAUGCUGAACCAGAUGAGAUUGCUAUUAUCCACGACAAGAAGUCAGAGUCUGUCUCGCCAGACAGGCCUGUAACUCCUGGAGGUCAUCCAAUCCCUAAGACUGUGGUCGAUGAAUCAGCAGACGUACCUGGGUCUUCCACCCACCGCUAUCAUGAAUCUCUUCAUCAAGCAGACGCCUCCCCAGACUUCGUUCGUAAACCCGACGGUACUGGCGAGGCAAACCCAACACCCUCCUCGCUUGACACCAGCAAGGAUGCAACUGAUAACGCGAAUGUAGCCCCUUCACUCAAGUCACCCACACGCCACCGGCGGAGAAAAUCAUCGGCGGCCAAAUCAACAGGAAGUUUUGGGCAAGGAAAUGUUGAUGACAAGGACGAGGAUGAUUUUGGCGACGACUUUGACGAUUUUGAAGAGGGUGAUGAAGAUGCGGAUUUUGGCGACUUUGACGAUGGCUUUCAGACAACCGAGGCGGAGGCAGAGGCUCCCAUGCCAGCUUCUCAACCUCAGGUCUCAAUACCCUCCUUUCCAAUAUUAGAUCUCGAUGGUCUUGAUUCGGAGGAUAUAAUAGCAGCAACGGAACCAUACCUGGAUGCCCUAUUCUCUCCUGACAUACAAGAACUCCCCGCCCUGCCAUCACCGCCAAAAGAUAAUCCCAUAUUCUUCAAUCCACGAAGUGCCUCUCUAUGGUCCCAGCUCGCCGCCCCACCGCCCCUCCAGCCUCCUGAUUGGAUCAGGUCCCGCAUACGACGCCUAUUUCUUGUCUCGCUUGGUGUACCAGUGGAUCUAGACGAAAUAUUACCAGCCUCCAAACAGAAAAAGCUCGUGCUCCCAUCCAUCCACCGUGUCACUUCCAAUGGCUCCCUACGCACGUCAAGCGACUCUCGCUCCGUCUCCCGACUCAGGAAACCAGAUACCGAUAAUAACUCCUCAGUAUCAGUAGAUUCUCAAGGAAAGGAGAAGCCGAGGUCAGCAUCGAAGCGAAGGAAAGGACAGCCUGAAGCACCCGAUCUAGAUUUAGUGUCAGCUAAGCAGCUAUGCACGACGACGGAUGAGGCAUUAAGCGGUAUGACCGAUAAGGAGCUUCAACAACAUGUGAAGAAGUUGCGAGAUAUGGAAGUACUAGCAAAAGAUGUACUGGAAUACUGGAAGAAACGCACAGAUGAGAAGAUUGGUGAUAGGGAGGCAUUUGAAGGUGUUAUAGAAAAUCUGGUAAAGCACGCAAGGAAAACUAGGAAGUAA